CCCUUCCCAAUUAUUUACUCACUUCUGACAUUCAAGAUGGCCACUGCGAGUGCACGGGCACCGUAGCGAUUGGAUACAAGUAUCGAAGCGAACUUUUCUCCCGCUGCCAGAAAAACUUCUCAAAACUCACACAGGAAAGAGAGGGAAACAGCUGAAGCGCUUCGAAAAACAAGUCUUUUGAGUGUCCAGAGUUAGGAGUUUCCAAGCAGCCCCGCUCCGCUGCUCACAGGACAGUCAGUCAGUGUCUGUGUGUGUCACGGAUCAUGGAUCCUCCUCCUCCUCCUCCUCCUCCUCGGUGUCGCUCGGACUCUCCUCACUCUCACGGCCACAUGGCCGAAGCCCGAAGGGUCCCGUUUGUUAGCGUGUCGGCGGCGGCCACCGCCCCACUCGCCGAAGCGAGGAAGCGCAAACGGGAGGACGAGGCGGACACUGCUGCUGCGCUGCUGGGGGACAGCGGGGCGGUCGGUCCGGGGGCGGGAGGCGGUUCUCUCGGGGCCGGAGGAGCCGGAGGAGCCGGAGGGCGGGGGAGCGAGACGGUGCGGCUCGAGGUGCGACUGUCGGAACCGAGCGACGAGGGAUCGUCCGAGUUCAGCUACAGCGAGCUCCUGCAGUCCUGGAAGAUUAAAAAGACACCGCCGCUAGGACUGACACCUGCCCUUGACCCCACUGAUCCCCUUGCAAAUGAGGAGCAGGAGCGACAAGAGGCUGAGGCAUUGGCCAGGAAAUUUGAGAGAAAAUAUGGGAAUCCUGGGAAGAAGAAAAGGAAGGACAGAGUGCAGGAUCUGAUUGAUAUUGGUUUUGGCUACGAUGAAAGCGACUCUUUCAUAGACAACUCUGAAGCUUAUGAUGAGUUGGUGCCGGCAUCUUUGACCACCAAGCUAGGGGGAUUCUACAUCAAUACGGGCACUUUGCAGUUCCGAACAGCCUCUGACUCUGAAGGGGAGGACCCAGGCAAGGCGGUGAAACGUAGCCAGAAGCUGAAAAUCUGUGAGGAAUCUGUGAUGAAGAAGAGGAAGAAGAAGCAGGAAGGAGGUGGCACUGAGGAAAAGAAGGCCAAAAAAAUCAGAACGCCCAAACCAGGUGCCUUAGCUCUAACUUGCCCCCGUCCAGAGAAGAAAAAGCGGAAGAAACUGAUGAAGGACUCCCUGAACCUGGCUGCUUUUCUCCGGCGCUUUGGUAGAGAGAAAGAGGUGAUGCGGAAGAAGCCGUCUGCCAGUGCUAACAGAGUAUGGAGCAACCAGGGAGACAUACUCUCUGGCUCCUGUCCCCAUCCUUUCCUGACCACUGGCAGCCUCUCCACAGUGGACCAGACUGCUAAGCCUGUUGUAAAUAAAUCCCUGCUGGGCUUAGCCACCUCCAGCAAGGUGCUGCAAGACCUUGCGGGCAACCUGAACUUCGGCUUUUUGGACUGCCCGUUGCCUUGUAGUUCGGCCCAGGGCGAGAACCAUUUUCAAGCGGUGGUAGCGGGGCAGAAAGUGGGAGGAAGUGUGUUAACGAAAGGCCAGAUAUCAGAAAGGUCAAGUUUAGACCUUGCCAAACCUCCUCCCCUUCCCGGCGGACUGCCUGUAACCCUCAUUAAACGGAUCGAAGAUCUUCGGGUGGCUUCUCGUCAGUUUGAUGAAGAGGGGAGGAAGAAGUUCUUUACUUUGGAAAUGAACAACAUCCUGCUGGACAUCGAACUGCAGGUGCAGGAACAGCCAGUAUCUGUACGCUCUUCCAUUUACUCCCACCUGGUGGCCUUCGUACCCUGCAACAGAGAGGAGCUGCUCAAGAGGCUUAAGAAGCUCAACUUGACCGUACAGGAUGACAGGUUGAAAGUUCCUCUGCUCAAGUUGAAGCUGGCGGUGUGCAGAGUCAUGCCAGAGCAGAUUGCCAGAUAUGAUAUGGACUGCAGUGCCAGAGUAGCAAAGCAGCAGUCUGAGGAAGGAGAGAAGAACGGUUUGCAGGAGGAGGAUGAGGAAAAGCCAGGCAGGAGGAUGGCAGGGCCACGCAAGAAAUUUGUCUGGGAUGAUAAGCUCAGGACUCUGCUGUGCAAUCUGGUGCGUGUGAAGCUUGAGUCUUACGAGCUUGAGUCGCAGGGCCUGCUCUCCGUUGAGGACUACCUUAAGACCUUCAUGGAAACUGAGGUCAAACCCCUCUGGCCCAAGGGCUGGAUGCAGUCCAGAAUGCUGUUUAAAGAGAGCCGUGUUGUACACAGCCACCUUACCGGCAAACUAGCCAAGAAAAAGAUCGUCCCAACUCCCAAUCCUAAAUUGAAGGAGGUGUCUUGGAUCCGGGCUCCGCUGGCCAUUGCCAUGUCCUCUGCAGCUCCACCCCCCCGCACACACCCCUCCUCCCUCUCUGAGACCAUCUGCCUGUCUGAUUCCCCGGACGAAGACCCGGCUAUUGCGUCGCAGGAGACUGCUCGGAGUCUCGCUGUCACCAGCAGUGUAGUGAAAAGCACUAAUCGUUCAUCGCCUCCGCUACACCCUGCUAUAUCGUCCACCUCAUUGGCGUCAUCCGUGGGAGGAAGGACUGAGAACUCUGCGUCUGACAGCACUUCACCUUCUAUCUCUCGGUCGACUCUGGUGUUGUCCGCCCCCUCAGCAGUGUCCCAAAGCGCCGGCUUUGGUGGAACAAAGUCGAGCGGGCCCACGAUGCCGGUGCAGAGACAACCGAUGGCGAAGGCGCACAAGCCCGGUGCGCCAGUAACGAGUAAACCCAACCUGCCAUGUUCUUCCUCUCCUCCUAAACCACAGCUACAGCCCACCUCCUCUCCGCUUAUAUCGUCCCAGGCAAAAGCUUUUUGUCCACCUGCAAUGAAACACAUACUAGCCACACCUUCCCCUGGGCUAGCGCUGACAUCACAGCUUCCAGCUUCGCCCACCCUGGUCAAGAGCAAUAAUAAAAGUAGCUGCAGUAAUAGCCAUAAUAGCACCACUGUGUCUUCUCAGCUGAACUCCAAAGGACCUCACAUCCCCUCGGGACUCUACUCCUCCCUCUCCAAAACUUCCGCCGCCACUCCUCUAGCAUCUUCUUCAUCCCCUUCUCAGUUGAAACCAAAUCAGCAUCAGUCUAGUAUCAUCACACCUGUGCAGGGUGCUCUAACUCCAUCGGCACACAAAAACAGUUCCCCUGCUGUUAAACUCAGCCCCCAGCUCUCUGCAUCCAUGCCGAUACCCACCUCCUCUUCCCCCUCCCCCUCACCAAGUGUGUCUUCUUCACCCCCAUCAAAUUUGCGAGCCCUGGUGUUUCAUAAUGCACAGCAUGACUCGUCCAAAAGCCAGCUUUUCCGUCCGCCCUUCUCUGUCCAGGCGGGACAGGCUGGAUCUGGUCAGGCUACUUACAGCCCUGCAGUUGCACAGAAAACAACCACCCAGUGCAGCAGCCCUGCCACCAUCAGUCAUACAAACACUUCUCCUGGGUCCAGUCUCUCAGUCACGGCGCCGUCCUCCACUGCCCUGUCAGCCAGUAACGGGCAGCACCAAAAAGCACCGGGAGGAGCUUGUCAGGCAUCUAACCCGGUUGUCAGCCUCGCACCUGUUGCUACAGUACCUGUGCCUUCCGUCACCUCUCAGCUGUCUCAGGGGUCCUCGGCAACGGUCGGCCUACUAGGCGCAUCACCCUCCUCCCUGCCCCUCAACUUUGGCAUGUUGGGGGGCCUUGUCCCAAUCUCGCUUCCUUUCCAGUACCCUCCCCUCCUCAACUUCACCUCACCGGGUGGAGUAGUGGCAAUGGGGGGCGGCAGCGGCGGUGGAAACGCUGCGGCGAGCGGCAGCUCAGGAUAUACUCUGAGCCAGGAGCUGUUUAAGGCCCUCCAGUCUAGAUCCCUGAUUCUACCUCCUCACUUGCACCUUGCUUAUUCAGGUAAAUUCCUUCCUCUUUCCCUCAUGUUUUCCUGUGUAAUAAAAGGCAACGCCUCCCCAAGCACAUCUUGUGUUCCCUUGGACUUUUGUGCUUGUGGAUGAGCUGUAAGGGUAAUUUGCCUCUUUUGUUGUGUAUAACAGUACAUUGACACUAAUUUACUUUCAUUGUCUCUUAUGUAGACAUCAGUUCAGGGGAAGGAGCAGACACUAAAAGGAAUUCGCAAUAACCACAAACUGUUGGAAUGCAGAGGAAGGGAUAAAAUCCGUAACAAAGGAUAUGCCAGUGUCCUGGACAAAUUGAGAAUAGGCAUGGAUUUGACUGAGAAAACUCAAGAAAUUUGGACUUCAUCAAUAGUGGUGGUGACAGAUUGUGAGGAAUGAAUUGCUCUCUCACUUUUGGUAACUGUAUUAUUAAUGAUUAUUAGAAUGAAUGAGCAGCUUUUGUCCUGAUGUUUGGUCAGUGUUUACAUGGCAGACCAUUAACACUGUGGAGAAGAAAAAAAAAAAAAAAUUGUGUGCAAUGUAUUUCACUUUGUAUCUUUAACAUUUGUCUUGCAUUCAUUUACACAGAAUAUUUGAUUCUAUGCAGCCAUUUGUAUUUAUUUUUUUUUAAACCAGAAAAUGUAUUUUAACUAGCAUAUCCUCCUGUCUUCAUAAUCUGUCAUCUUUUGUAGCAGAUGACAUCAAGUAAAUAUCUGUUUGGUUACUGACUGUUAAAACAUGUGUUGUAUGAGACUGUAAAACGUUUCCCUUGUUAGUCUUAGUAGUGUCUGACCAGCUUACAUACUGUCACAUUAACUUGUAUUUCACAAGAUAAAGAUGUUUCAACUUAAACUGUAUUUUUUAUACCUUUCAGCAAAGUCAGAAUGAUCUCCAGAACAAAAUGCCUUUGUUUUUAAGUAUG